UCGGGGUGACACCCGACUGAGCAAAUUCCCUUCUGCGGACAGGAAUGACUGGCGCCUGUGACAACCGUUACAGUAUUGUGUCCUCUGAAGAAGACGGGCUGAGGUUGACAACCAUGCCAGGAAUCAAUGGAUAUGGCAACGGGAAGAUCCACACGAGGAGGAAGUGCCGCAGUCGCUUUGUGAAGAAGAAUGGGCAGUGCAACGUGCAGUUCGCAAAUAUGAGCGACAAGCCACAGCGGUACAUUGCCGACAUCUUCACCACGUGCGUGGACGUGCGCUGGCGGUAUAUGCUGCUAAUCUUCUCUCUGGCCUUUCUCAUCUCAUGGUUGGCCUUCGGCCUGGCCUUCUGGCUUAUUGCACUGAUCCAUGGAGACCUGGAGAAGCCCACGGGGGAUGAGAGUUUCAUACCCUGCGUCUCGCAGGUGAAUGGAUUUAUCGCUGCCUUCCUUUUUUCUAUUGAAACCCAGACAACCAUUGGGUAUGGGUUCCGCUGCGUGACAGAGGAGUGUCCAUUGGCCAUCUUCCUGGUGGUCUUCCAGUCCAUUGUAGGUUGUAUUAUAGACUCGUUCAUGAUUGGGGCCAUAAUGGCGAAGAUGGCGCGGCCGAAGAAACGAGCUCAGACCUUACUCUUUAGCCACAACGCUGUGAUAGCCAUGAGGGAUGGCAAGCUCUCCCUUAUGUGGCGGGUGGGAAAUCUGAGGAAAAGUCAUAUUGUGGAAGCACACGUCAGGGCCCAGUUAAUCAAGCCUCGGAUCACUGAGGAAGGAGAAUACAUUCCCCUUGACCAGAUCGAUAUUGACGUGGGUUUUGAUAAAGGGUAUGACCGCAUAUUCCUGGUUUCCCCUAUAACUAUCCUGCAUGAGAUUGACGAGGGAAGUCCACUGUAUGGUAUCAGCAAACAGGACUUGGAGGUGGCCGAUUUUGAGAUUGUGGUCAUCCUUGAAGGCAUGGUGGAAGCCACAGCGAUGACCACCCAGGCACGCAGCUCAUACCUGGCCAGCGAGAUCCUCUGGGGUCAGCGAUUCGAGCCAGUGCUCUUUGAGGAAAAGGACCAGUACAAAGUCGACUACUCACAUUUCCAUAAAACCUACGAGGUGCCCACAACCCCCCGUUGCAGUGCCAAGGAUCUGGUGGAGAGCAAGUUCCUCGUUCCCAGCACGAACUCCUUCUGCUAUGAGAAUGAGUUGGCUUUCAUGAGCCGGGAUGAGGAUGACGAGGGCGAUGAUGAUGACAGCAGGGUGUUGGAUAACCCCAGCCCCAACAGCAGCCGACAUGAAUUUGACCGGUUACAGGCAACGUUAGCUUUGGAUCAAAGAUCUUUCAGAAGGGAGUCUGAGAUAUGACCUUUGACUGUUACUGUGACCCUUUUGUCAAAAUAAGCAAUGGGAUUCUGAUCAUCAUGAGUGCCAUAAAAGAAGCUGCAGCAUAGAAAUCGGUGAAAAUUUGAUUGUAAUGGUGGAGGGAAUUCUCAAAUAUGAAGCUAAUGAUAGCUGCAAAGCAACAGAAUGAGUUAGCAUUCAAUGUGAGUAAAGAUAGAAUUAUUAUCGUCAUGCUUUUAAGUGAUUAUGUAACAUUAACAAUUACCUUUCCAAUGGAUUUAGACAUUAAUGUAGGAAGUCAAGCAACUGGUUACAGCAAGAUGUUGGAUGUGAAGUACUUUAGAAUGUGUGCAACUGUGAGCUUUAAGGAGAAUAGAUCUAGAACAGAACCAUGACGUUUAGACUUGCAAAUAGACCUUUCAACUUGUCAGACCAGACUUAAUACUCCUUAGGGUUUUCUUCACCAUUUGACAUUUUACUUGAAAGGAAGUAUCUUUGUGUCAGCUGGCAGAUGAACAGAGAGCAGAGAUGGAAUUACCAAGCAUCAAUGCACAUCAAGUCAGCCACAGAGUGUGUGUGGCUUGAAGCUGGCCCGCACAAUUACCUGUGCACUUAACCAGUGUGAAGAGCUAGACAUUGUACGAGGUGAAAAUUGCACAAAGCUCCUGAGGCGUACAAAAAAAGGUAUCAUUUGCGCGCGAUUUGUCACAUCAAUGUCGCUCAAGCAGAGUACAUUUUUGUAAAAUCAAAGAUCUUUAUCUUUAAAUACAAAUUGCUUCAUAAGAUAAUAUCACUGUACAGAACUUAGCUAGACUGAGUUCUAUUAUAUAUAAUGUAUAGACCUAGCUAAGGAGAAAGAUGUUCCCAUAUAUUUUAUAUAUACAUGCAUACACACACUCACAAAUGCACACACAUUCACUAGCACAUUUAUACACAGGCACAGGCAUGCAGACACACAGUCACGUACACAUCUACCCACCUGCAUACACACGAAGACACACACACACGCAUGCACGCACGCACGCACGCGCGCGCACACACACACACACACACAAACACACACACACACAGAGGCACUCACACUGUAUAGUUGGGAAGAUUGGUGUUACAUACUGUAUAGACCUAGCCGGACUGAGUGCUAUGGUUAAUUACUAUCAGGGAGUAAAUUAAAGGGAAUGUCUGAAGGUAGAGUGUUUCUCCACUAGAAAGAAAUCAAAGGAAUAAGACAUUAAGGAUCCAUUCCAAGUCUGUAUUGAUGGUAAAUGGGAGCCUUGGUGUGAGAAUUGAUAUAGUGUCAUAGCCUUACAUCAAGCCUGUUAGUGGAGCUCCAUACUGGGAAUUGAACCCAACAAAAUAACUCCCAUAAUGUCCUUUCCAGAAUUUUGAUCAAUAUUCCUUUUUUUACAAAAAUGCCAAAUUAUGUGGAGACUCUCUCCUCAGGUUUUUCCUCUCUGCCAGGCAGUUCUGGGAUCAUCAGCAGUGAGGUGGGUACUUAGAUACCCCAGGGCAACCUCAGAGGCAAGAGGACCCCAGCUUCAGAAAGAUCUGAGAUCUGGUCUAUCGCCACAGGGGUCCAUGAACUGAUGGUACACAUUUCCUCACCUGUUUUGGGGUCCAGCAAAAUGGACUAAUGUUCAACUUCCAUUGAUUUUAUUUUUUAAAAGUUAUUCUCUCAGAAUGAGCAUCACUGGUAUUGAUUGUCCAUCCCCAAUUACUCUUCAGAAGCUGGCUGCAAGCCUUCUUACACUGAUGCAACCAGUGGGUGAAGGUGCUCCCACAGUCACUGUGGAGAGGCUUCAGAAUGCACAGGCCCUUUUGUAAAGAGCAUCAUCUGAAAAUUCAGGCAGGUGAUGCAUGAAUAGGAUGGUACUUCAAGGUACUCUUUCCUGCCUGGGUUAUCCAACCUCUUUAAGCUUUUGUUGAUUAGUGGCACUCUUUAGCAUUUGCCAUGCCUUCUGAGAAGGCACUGUCUUUGACACCUGUUGUGUGAAAUCCUUGUACCUACUAUAGGGGUGUGAUACCACGGGAACGUUUGUGGCUUGUCUCACACUAGGUAACCAUGGUGACAGCAUCAUCAGCUUCUCUGCUGCAGCCUUGCACUUGUGAGACUGUAUUAAUUGCUUUGACCAUCAAUUAUGCUAGACAACCUCCUUGUUUUGGAUGUAGCCAAUAAGCUUAACCCAGUGUUCCCGUUAUUUUAGUUUCUUUCCUCUUUAAUUUUUGCGAUACGUCUCAGCAUAGAAGCUUGUGAUUAAAAAUGGUAUUUCUCUUAAAGGGAUAAGGUGAACUUUGACCUCUGUGGAAGUCUUCCUCUUCACCCAGAUUGUAAAUGUAAAGAAUGACUCUGGGUUCUGUUUUAUUUUAUUGGAUGAUCAAAGAAUUUACUAAAUUAAAAAGAAUUCUAAUACAAA